AUGGAGAAGAGCCGUUUAGCGCCGAAAACUUUGAGGAGGUGUCGUUCAGCAUCACCCUUACCACCUCGUUCGCCUCUCCUCAACCAAGAACAGCAAUUGCUAAUCAACGUGUUAGUGUCAUUUGCUUGGUGUCAGAAGUUAAUGCACUCACGAUCGAAGUCGAUCACCAACUUAAAAGAGACUACUUUAUUAAGACGUUCUUGGCAUCGUGUACCGCACUCAGCAGUUGGUAAAUCCAUUUACGCACAUAUGAUAUCAAGAAGUCCGGAUAUGAGGACAAUGUUUGGCGGCGAUAACAAUGCAGCUGAUCGACAUAUGCGCCAUUUUUUGGGACUGCUGCAGUGUGUCGUUGACAACCUGAACGAUAUGGAAGAGGCGCUUCAUCCGUGGUUAGAUUUAUUGGGCAAAGGACAUGGUGGAUUCUCGAUAAGGAGUAAACAUUGGGAUGCAUUUGGUGAAGCAAUUGUGACAACAGUUUCCGAAUGGAUAGCACCAGGAAGGAAUCAUAAAGAUACGGUCAAAGCGUGGAUGAUCCUGUCGUCGUUCUUGUCCGAUCGUCUCAGUGCAGCAUCGAGAGUGGCUGCAAACUGUCCAAUGACUGCACCAAGGAUUCAGCUGAUAACACUGAUGGCUUCAGGUCCCCCACCAGCACUCAGAUUCGAAUGUUAA